AUGUCCAGCUCGACUGCCGUCGAAGUGCGCUCCCUCUACCGCUCACUGCUGCGCCAGGGCCGCGAGUUCGCCGCAUACAACUUCCGCGAAUAUGCACGGCGGCGCACGCGAGAUGCGUUUCGGGAGCACAAGGCCGAGGCAGACGAGCGGAGAAUACAGGAAUUGAUGCAGAAGGGCUUGAAAGAGUUGCAGAUCUUGAAGCGACAGACAGUCGUCAGUCAGUUUUUCCAGCUCGAUCGAUUAGUUGUUGAAGGAGGCAAGACGGGGAAACAGACGAGUGGGGGCGGCAUUGUACGGCAGAAGGAUCAAGGAUUGGACUGA